UUUAAAUCUUUUCGGAACAUUAAAAAAAAUUCUCUAUAAUGAAACGCCAAAUAUUCGUUGGUGCCUUGGUACAUUCUAACGAAAAAAGAGAAUUAAUUACGAUUGAUCGCGCUGCAGUACUGGUUGAAAAUGGCAAGAUCAUUGAUGUUACUGUGAAUCCAGAACCUAGUGCACACAUAGGUGAUCAUGUCACUGUUUUAAAUGACAAACAAUUUUUAAUGCCAGGUCUCAUUGAUUGUCAUACUCAUGCAGUUCAAUUUCCUAAUCUUGGUUUGGGUUAUGAUAAAAAUCUAUUAGACUGGUUAGAAGAUUAUACUUUCCCUUUAGAAAAAAAAUAUGUAGAUGAAAAAUUUGCUAAACAUGUAUUUGAAACUGUUGUGAAACGUACUCUUGCCAUGGGUACAACAACAGCAUGUUAUUUUGCAUCUCUAUAUGGAAAGGCAUCUAUGGAACUUGCUCGAGCAGUUGCAUAUUUAGGUCAACGUGCUUUCAUAGGAAAAGUAAAUAUGAAUUUACAUCGUGAUGAUGGAUAUUAUGAAAAUACUGCAGAAUCUAUAAAAAAUACUAUACAAUUUAUAAAUGAUAUUUUAGAUUUUGAUAAUCAUCUUAUAAAACCAAUUAUUACACCAAGAUUUGCUUUAAGUUGUGAUAUGGAAUUAAUGAAAGAAUUGGGUAAGCUGGCUAAAGAAAGAGAUCUUCACAUACAGACACAUAUUUCUGAGAAUGUAGAUGAAAUUAAAGCAGUAAGAAAUAUGUACAAAGAGUAUCCAUCUUAUGCUAGUAUAUACAAUGCAGCUGGACUUCUAACUAACAAGACAAUAUUAGCUCAUGCAAUACAUCUCACAAAAGAUGAAAUAACACUUCUCAAACAAAAUGAUACAGCAAUUAUACAUUGUCCAUCUUCUAACACAUGUUUAAAAAGUGGUAUGUGUGAUGUACAAAAGUUAAAAUCAGAAGGACUUAAAAUAGGAUUAGGGACAGAUGUAGCAGGUGGACAAAGCUCUAGUAUGGUACAUGCAAUGAGAUCUGCAUUGCAAGUGUCAAGUAAUCUUGCUAUGUUUAAAAAUGAUUAUGAAAGUCUCAACUAUAAAGACGUAUUUUAUAUGGCUACUUUAGGAGGUGCUAUAUCACUAGGGAUUAACAAAGAGGUAGGUAAUUUAAUACCUGGUAAAGAAUUUGAUGCACUUAUAGUAGAUAUGAGUGUAAGUAAUGGGCCAUUAGAUGACUUCAUGAGUUAUACAUUAGAAGAACAAUUACAAAGAUUUAUAUAUUCUGGAGAUGAUCGUAACAUUGUUGAAGUUUAUGUUUCUGGUUACAAAGUUAAAUAAAAAUAUAUGUAUCAUA